AUGACAUCCAUCCUCUCUGCUCUUCUCUGCCUUGGGCUGUGUCUGGGCCCGAGGACCCAUGUGAAAGCAGGGACCCUCCCCAAACCCACCAUUUGGGCUGACCCAGGCCCUGUGAUCCGUUAUGGGAGCCCUGUGACCCUCUGGUGUCGGGGGACCCUGAAGGCUCAGGAGUACCAUCUGUAUGGGGAUGGCAGUACUCGGCACUUGGACACACAGAAAUCGCUGGAGCCUGGAGACAGAGCUCAGUUCCUCAUUACGGGAAAUUAUUCAGAGAGAUAUACCUGUAACUACCUCAGCCACAUGGGCUGGUCAGGGCACAGUGACCCCCUGGAGCUGGUGCUGACAGGAUUCUACAGCAAACCUAGGCUUUCAGUCUUGCUCAGCUCUGUCGUGCCCUCAGGAGGGAACGUGACCCUCCAGUGUGGCUCAAGGGAGGGAUUUCACAGGUUUAUUCUGACUAAGGAAGGAGAUCACAGGCUCUCUUGGGCCCUGGACUCACAACCACAGCCCAGUGGAGUGUCCCAGGCCCUGUUCCAUGUGGGCCCUGUGACUCCCGGCCACAGAUGGACGUUCAGAUGCUAUGGCAAUUUUCGGAAGCAUCCCCAGGAGUGGUCUUACCCUAGUGACCCUCUGGAUCUACUGGUGUCAGGACUCUACAGCAAACCCAGCCUCUCAGCCCUGCCCGGCCCUAUUGUGUCCUCAGGAGGGAACAUGAUCCUCCAGUGUGUCUCAGAGCAGCGAUUUGAUGGGUUCAUCCUGACUAAGGAAGGAGAUCACAGGCUCUCCUGGUCCCUGGACUCUCAGCCACAGCCCAAUGGGCAGGCCCAGGCCCUGUUCCCUGUGGGCACCGUGACCGCCAGCCACAGGUGGACAUUCAGAUGCUAUGGCUGCUACAAGAAGGUGCCCCAGGUGUGGUCACACCCCAGUGACACCCUGGAACUCCUGAUCUUAGACUACACAGUGGAGAAUCUCAUCCGGAUGGGCGUGGCUGGAUUGAUCCUCGUGGCCAUUGCGGUGCUGCUAUUUCAGGCUCGAAAUGACACCAGAAGGACCCCUGUUGCAGCCAGGAUGAGAACACAGAGCGAACAAUGCAUCAUUCAGAGUGGGAAAGCCCUGGAACCCAUCUUAUGACCCCAUGAGGUGCUGAAAGAGAAUAUGGACCACAGUUGGGGAAACUGUCUGCUGAGAACGUUCAGGAGAGAAGAUGUGGAAGGUGAGGAUUGGGUGCAGGAGAAUGUGGGCCAUGUUCCUGUAGAGGAUGCCUCCUCCAUCCACCUGGGGUGCUCUCCCUCCUUCCCUGACCUCUCUGACUCUCCUCCACUGCCCUUCUCACCCUGUGACAUGAGAAUCUGUCCCACAUGACUGGUUUGGAAUCACAUCUAUACACCCCUUCAUACUGGGUCACAUCCAUCCCAACGAAAUGAAGGAUCUUCACAACCCUGGGAUUUUUAAACCAUAAAGAACAAAGGACGGGUACCUGGUACAUUGUGUGUGAAGGUCAAAAUAAUGCAGCUCAGUGACAGAAACCAGAUACAAACUGGAAUCAGGUUUUGUGUGAUUCCCUUUAUGCAAAAUGUCCAGGAGAAGGAAAUCCAUAGAAACAGAAAUCUGAUGGGUUUGUCUGGGAUUGACCAGGAAGGCAGAGGGAAGAU